AUGUCAAAUUUGUCGAAGCUUGAUUUUGUGGAACUUGACAUCUCUGAAAAAAAUUAUUUGUCAUGGGUUCUUGACGUUGAGAGUCACCUAACUGCUAAGGGUCUUAGUGAUACUAUUACCCCAGAUAAUACAUCGUCGAGUCAGGACAAGGAUAAGGACAAGGCUAUGAUUGUCCUUUAUCAUUAUCUGGAUGAAGGACUGAAGGUUCAAUACCUUUCAGUGAAAGAUCCACUUGAAUUGUGGACUGAUUUGAAGGAAAGGAUUGUUUCUCAAUUGAAAUUAUGUGGGGAAAUUAUAAAUGCUGAGGACAUGAUGGAAAAAACACUUACUAAUUUUCAUGCUUCAAAUGUGAUAUUGCAGUGA